AAAGUAUUCAAAGUCCAUGACCUUUAUCAAAAGCUCGACGACUUUCAAAGAGGAAAUACUCGUAAAAAUUCUAACAUAAUGAGAACACAAGCAGCAACAGCCUUGUACGCACUCCUAGCUCUAGCCUGUCUUGGAAGCACAUUAUGUGGCCUCAUAACGGAAAUUGGUAAACCGCUUCAGCAGGCUGGCAACGUUGUCAAUGAAUUGGGUAGCAAAAUAUCCAAUACUGCAAACAUAGAUUCAGCUCUCAGUAGUGUUAACACUGUCAAAGAUGCCGCCAAAGAAGUCGUUGAUAAAAUAACCGAUUUAAAUCCCAUUGAGAAUAUUAUCGGUAUUCCGAGUGAAAUCAGUUUCUUAUAUAAGUUAAUUUCUAUACUCAAGAAGCUGCUAUCAUCAAUUAAACUCAACGUCAAUGCAAAGCACGACCAAGAUAAAGCCUCAACUACGGUGGCAGUCGAGUCUACUGAGACAACGGAAGCUGGGCCACAAGACGAUCAAAGUUCGACUGUUGUUGCUACAGAAAUAUCAAAUGAUUCUGAGGCAACUGAGUCAGCAUCAGAGGAUCCGGUCAAUAAUUCCUCAGAAAUACUAACUGAAUCCGUCGAUGAGUCAGCAACAGCCGAUUCAGUCGAUAUUUCCAAAUAGUUAAUAUGCUGAUUGGUCUAACCUUAAGCAAAUAAUUCUCUGUUAUUGAUAUUGUCAUAAACGAAAACCUAAUUUAUUAAAAAGUUCUUAAAGUUGUUUAACAUCAAAAAUACUAU